UUUAUUAUUUAAUGUACUGGGAAGAAGCAUCGUCAGCGUCAAGGCACUGCGAAGUAUAGAUAUUAGUAAGCGGAAUUCCAGGACCAUAGAAAACACGUAAACAACUCCAAUUUGACGUGGAACCAUGAGUCAUUCAGGUUAUAACCCAUAUCAACAGGGAUCAGCACCAGGUGCCCCCUCUCCACACCCACAACAAGCACAGGCCCCCUACGGGGGAGCACCAUACCAAUCACACACCUCCCCAUAUCCUUCCGGAGGGGGUGUGAAUCCAAACAGUUUUGGAUUCUCCUCAAACACCCCCAUGUACAUGCCCCAAGCAAUGCCCAUGCCUGCCUACCCACCCACUGCUGGUUAUCCCCCUGCCUCUGGAGGAUCAACCUAUCCUCCAGCUCCUGGGGGAGCUUCCUACCCUCCAGCUCCCGGGGGAGCUUCCUAUCCUCCAGCUCCUGGGGGAGCUUCCUAUCCUCCAGCUCCAGGGGGAGCUUCCUAUCCUCCAGCUCCCGGGGGAGCUUCCUAUCCACCUGCUUCCUCCGGAAGUGGAUAUCCUCCAGCUUCAGGAGGUGGAUAUCCUCCAUCAGGAGGGGGAUACCCGCCAGCCUCCUAUCCCAAUGCUCCUGGUGCUCCUCCCAGUGGUCAAGCGUAUCCAUCUAGAGAACCCGAUAGAGGACCUUACGGUGGUUUUUCGUAUACACAGCACAGUAGCCCACAGAUGUCACAAGGACAUGUUGCUGCGAAACCAAAGAGGACACCUACGGUGGUUCCAGCCAGCUCCUUUAACCCACGAGCAGAUGCAGAAGUUUUAAGAAAGGCUAUGAAAGGUUUCGGUACUGACGAGAAAGCCAUCAUCAAUGUGCUCAGUAAGAGGUCCAAUGCACAGAGAUUGCAAAUUGCUGUGGAAUUCAAGACAUUAUAUGGAAAGGAUUUGAUAAAGGACCUGAAAAGCGAACUAAGCGGAAACUUUGAGAAUCUGGUGGUAGCGAUGAUGACUCCCCUACCCGAGUUUUAUGCCAAAGAAUUGCACGAUGCCAUGAGUGGUUUGGGAACAGACGAAGAUGUCCUGAUCGAAGUCUUGUGCACUAUGUCCAACAAUGAAAUUAGAGUUAUAAGACAAGCGUACCAUUCCAUGUAUCACAAACCCUUAGAAAGCGACUUGAAAGGUGACACUGCCGGAACCUUCAAACGCCUCAUGGUGUCACUUUGCAACGCCUGCAGGGACGAAAGCACCAUAGUCAAUCCCCAGUCCGCCCAGGCCGACGCGCAGGCCCUCUUACGCGCGGGAGAAUUGCGUUUCGGAACCGACGAAUCCACCUUCAACAUGGUCUUGUGCCAACGUAACUACGGCCAAUUACAGCUGAUAUUCCAGGAGUACGCUAGAAUCACCGGGCACGAUAUAGAACAGGCCAUUAAAAAUGAGUUUUCUGGUGACGCCGAGGACGGAUUCUUAGCUGUGAUAAGGUCGAUAAAGAACCAGGCAGCUUUCUUCGCCAAGCAACUGAAUAAGAGCAUGAAAGGCUUGGGAACGAAUGACAGACAACUCAUCAGAUUGGUGGUGACUAGAUGUGAGGUCGAUAUGGUUGAGGUAAAACGAGAGUACCAAGCCAAGUUUGGGGAAUCUUUGGCUGAUGCUAUCAAGGGUGACACAUCAGGGCAUUACAAAAAGUGUUUAUUAGCACUCAUCGGCGAACCAGCCAGUUAAGACUUGAAAUUUUUUCAUAUUUUUAUAUUCGUUUUACUCCAUAUAACGUGCAUGUUUGUUUAAAAAAUAAGUUUCUAUUACAAUGCAUCACAGUAUAUUACGGUCUUGAAUAAUACAGAUCUGAGAUUACAUACUUUUAUAUUGUUCUAUGUUUUUAAAUGUUUGUUGGCAGUUUGACCAUAUAUUUUUAUAAUGUAUUUACCGGGUCAAUAAACGCCGUUUUAUGCACUAA